AUGUUCAAAUACACCUCACGUACAUUAUUGAAAGCUACUUCAUCUGCAGUUAAACCAGCUGCUGCUUCCAUUGGUGCCACCAGAACCAAAUAUUCUUUGCCCGAAUUGGAUUAUAAAUUAGACGCUUUAGAACCAUACAUCAGUGGACAAAUCAAUGAUCUUCACUAUAACAAACACCACAAGACUUAUGUCGACAACUUGAACAAAUCAAUUGAAAGUGCAGUUGAAGCCAAGUCCAAGGGUGAAGUUAAGAAACUCGUUGCUUUGCAAAAAGCCAUCAACUUCAACGGUGGUGGUUACGUCAACCAUUGCUUGUGGUGGAAAAAUUUGGCUCCUCAAAGUGCAGGUGGCGGUCAAGUUCCAAGCGAAGACUCUGCCUUGGGUAAGCAAAUUUCUCAACAAUUUGGAUCAGUCGAUAAGUUGAUUGAGGUCACCAAUGCCAAGUUGGCUGGUAUCCAGGGUUCAGGAUGGGCUUUUAUCGUCAAGAAUAAGGAGAAUGGUGGUCAAAUUGAAGUCAUCACCACUGCCAAUCAAGACACCGUUACUGACCCAAACUUGAUUCCAUUGGUUGCCAUUGAUGCAUGGGAACACGCCUACUACUUGCAAUACCAAAAUGUCAAGGCUGAAUACUUCAAGGCUUUGUGGAACGUUGUCAAUUGGAAGGAAGCUGAAAGAAGAUUCGAAUUUUAA